ACUCACUUCAGUUCUUUGAGAUCGGGCUAAAGGAUAACAAUUUAUAGAUUUUUUUUUCUAUUUUUAAAAAGCAUUAGCACAGAUGGUAACGAAAAUAGUGACUUAGCGCAAAUGUGUUAUUAAGGUUAUAUUAAUAUCUGGUGUCGAAAAUAAUUAUAAAAAUGUGAAAUACGAAAAAAAUAUGAGAUUAGUAAUAAUAAGACGAAAAAAGUGUUCCACGUCUUCAUUUAUUCAUAUACAGUGAUGUGAUUAUAGAUUGAAUGUGUGUAGGAGGGAGAUUUUUCGGUUUUUUGGCGUGUAUUGAUGAUGGGGAGACUCAGUAAAAGUACACCAUCUAUUAGAGUGAAUUAUAGAAAACUGGUAGAUGAAUAUAGCAGCAGUUGUGAUAGUUUGAAGAUAAUGCCUGCCUUGCCUGAUUUCUUUACGUAUUCAUGUAGACAUUGUGGACAAAGACAAACUUUACAGACUGAAGAACUUAAUUCGAUAGUCGGAAAUGCUUUUAAGAUGGCUUACGCGGCGCAGCUGCAGAAGCAAACGACUUUCCAAGAUGUGAUCGCGUCCCAAACGCAACAAGAUAAAGUAGUUUGGACAAAAGAUUUCACGUCCGGUUUAAAGAAAGAAAAACCAUCGGCACCACCGCAGACGUUACCGAAAGAAGCGAAUCUUUCCGAAAUGGACGUUCAAUUAUCAGACGCUUCGACGUUACGACUCUCGCCGCCAUCUUCAAUACCGGGCCUGAAAACCGCCCAAAAAAAUAAAUUCGUGGUUAAUUCUCCAAAUGUCGAUAAAAAUAUUAAUUCCCAAUUAUCGACGCCGAGUAGCGAUGAAAGCAAUUCGCCUACCGAAAUGAAUUCUUACAAGAGAAUGGCCGAGAAACCUCCCUUGAUAAAAAGGAUAGCAAUGGGGUUGACUGGGAAUAGUAAUAACCACAGCGAUGAAGAUAGCUGUCCAUUAGUUAACGAUAACACAUCUAGUAUUCCAGGUAGUCCAACAAAUCGACCUUUAUCCGGCGGAUACGUAAACGAAAGCGAAGAAUCAAAAAACAAAUCUAACAACACUGUAGAUAAUUUAAAAAACGAAAUCGAAAAUAAUUCGAAUUUAUCGAAACGUAUCGAUACCGAUACCACCGUCAAAAGCGAUUUUAAAUCCAAACGUAUGUCGCAACUAAGUUCGAGUAGUUCCAGUACGGGACCACCUAACGGUCAAGACUCUAACCUUAUAGGAUUUACUACACCAACACCUCCGCCAUUACCCGAAAGAACGGAUUCCCUAAACAACAAAGAAGAGGGGGAAUUAAGAUUAGCCCCGUGGUUUCAAGCCGGUAUCCCUAGGGAAAUAGCUCUGGAGAUUUUAGGACAGGAACCAGUCGGGGCGUUCAUGGUUAGAGAGAGUACCAGUAAACCGGGAUGUUUUGCGUUAUCGUUGCGAGUACCGAGGAGUUUUCAACCGACUGGUAUCGCGCAUUACUUAAUCGUGAGGGCUAAUAAAGGCUACAAAAUUAAGGGCUUCACGAAGGAGUUCACCUCGUUGACUUCUUUGAUAACGCAUCAUUCGGUUAUGCCGGAAUUGCUUCCGUGUCCGUUAUCUUUGAGUCGAUAUCAUCCCAGUUUUGUGAAAUCGGAUUCAAAACGGGAUUUCGCCGAUAUCGAUUUGGAUCCGGAUUAUAAUACUCUCGCCGAUUUUAGAAAAAUGAUGGCGGAUUUGAACGUGUAGUGACAAAUCAAAAUACACUAAAAAAAUUGUUAAAAAAAACGACUGAUAGUUGUAGAGGACUAUACUUUUCCCAGUGUAUUAACUAGUCCGUGUUUAUUGCAGUGAUUGUGUGAUUGAAAAGACGCAGUUUUUUGUGUAACAUGUGAUAUAUUUUUCGAAAAAAACUUUUUUUUUAAACGAAAAACCUAACACGAACUGUAUUAUUCUAACUAUGGACUAAUAUUUAUAUUUUUUUUAUACUAACUCAUUUUUUUAUAUUACAGAUGCCAUUAUUAACAACUACAAAGUUUUCUUCUUUUCAAACUGAUAUUAAUUGAGCCAUUCGUUAGUAGAUGACGCUGGGAAGUUGUUUUCCAUCAUAACAGAUUAUUACAUUUUCCUCUGGAGUGUAGAGAAGGAGGAACAUCUCUGGGUUAAAAAAUGUGAGCUGAUUUUUGAUGGGAAAAUAGGUGGCGCUGAUUAUAGAGGGUAUUCGCUUGAAUUUUACGCGCUGAUUUGAAAAUAACUGUAUAGUAAUGCUUUAAAUAAUGCACCGUGAUAAUGAAAUUAGUAGUAUUGAAAUAAUGAAACGAUUAACAAAACAGAAUCUCGUUAAAUUAACUUUAUUAUUUAGCUAUUUAUUUGGUUUAGAUAAUACAUAUAUUCUAAUAUGAAAAAAAAGUAGAAUCAUGUAACAAUAAUGAAAUAGUAUAAAAAAAACAUUUUGGUUGAUUAAAAUAAAAUAUUGAAUUUUAUCCGUAACUAAUAUAAUAAUUAUAGCGAUAUAAUUAGAUCAAUAAAAAUAAUAGAAUAAUAAAAAAAAUAUUUCGGUUCAUAAAAAUAAAAUAUUGAACUUCAUUAGCAACUAAUAUAAUAGUUAAAGUCAUAUAAAAAUAUCAAUAAGAAUAAUAAAAUAAUUGAAAAUAAAA